CAAUCAGAAACCCGAACAUUUUUUUUAGCGAAAAACUCUAAUUUGCCGUUAUUAAAUAAAAUCAGGUUUUAUUCACAAUCUCGUAAUUGUUGCGUUUCUUUCUCUAUUGAUUUUGACAGCUACCACUCUCGUCAAAGACUCGAGCAAUCUCAGUCUACAACACCCAAUCGCCUGCUGAAUAUUUGGAUUUCUUAAUUGAGAGAGGUCAAAGUUUGAGUCUUGCCAUGGCCAAGAGUUCCUUUAAACUUGAACACCCCUUGGAGAGGAGAUGGGCAGAAUCUGCUCGCAUCAGAGAAAAGUACCCUGAUAGAAUACCAGUGAUUGUGGAGAAGGCUGAAAGGAGUGGCAUUCCCGACAUCGAUAAAAAGAAAUACCUUGUCCCAUCUGAUUUAACUGUCGGGCAGUUUGUUUAUGUGGUUCGGAAGAGGAUUAAGCUCAGUGCUGAGAAGGCUAUAUUUGUGUUUGUCAAGAACAUGCUACCACCCACUGCGGCCUUGAUGUCUGCAAUUUAUGAAGAAAACAAGGAUGCAGAUGGGUUCCUUUACAUGACUUAUAGUGGCGAGAACACAUUUGGUUCCCUGCAAGUGCAGUGAUUACAAUCUCUGUGUAUGACGCUUUCAAGUGUAUAUCCUUACCCCCUUUUCUGUUAGGCCUGCCCUUUUUUUAUAGAACAGUUGACAGUUGUUUAAACUUGGAUCAAUGACAUUGAUAUGAUUAUGGAAGAAGUUUGAGCAUAUGGUAGUCUUACUCAUUUGGUUUUAAUGAAUGGAAUUAAUUUAGAAUCUUAGUGUGUUGAUG